GGUUAGUAGGAACCGAACCACUAAUUCAAUUGGAAAGUCUAAUAACAUCUCUCCCAACUCCUUUCACAGUAUACAGUAGUGGACUUAGUUAUCAUAGAGGAGAAGUUACAGAGGGGGAUCCAGAUCGAGAUCAGAGAUGGAUUUUGGUUUUAAGGAAAUUGAUUUUCUAGCAUGCUGUGGUAGCACCCAAUUUUCUAAAGAGAUGUUUUCAGCAUCUCCUUUCCCCUCUUUGGAAAGUACUAUUGAAACUGCCAGAAACAUCUGGUUCAAUAAGGUUGAUGUAAAUGGAUGGCUUGAAGCAUAUGCUGCACAUCCACAAAUAGGAGACACUUCCGGUAGAAAUCGGAAAACUGAAACCUCUGCACAGUGGAGUAAAGGAGAGCAAUCAACUGCUAUAUCAACUGCCACUGAUUCUAUGUUGCAGGAACUUCUUGACUGGAACCACCGGUACAGAGAAAAGUUCGGAUUUGUUUUCCUUAUAUGUGCUUCUGGUAGGAGUACUCCUGCAAUACUUGCUGAACUGAAGACACGUUAUACGAAUAGACCCAUAGUUGAAUUUGAGACUGCGGCGAAGGAGCAAAUGAAGAUAACUGAGUUACGUCUUGCUAAACUUUAUGCAGCUAAAGUCGAUGUUACCUCUGCAAGCAUUAGCCAAAACCCGAUCAACCUUAAGACAAAAGCUGAAGAUCGAGUUAGUAUUAUUGGAGCUCAUAUUACUGCUGGGUCUGAAGGCCGUGUCAGUAAAUCGCAUCAAGUUUCAGUUAGGAACAAACCACCAAUUACAACUCAUGUCUUAGAUGUCUCUCGAGGGUCUCCAGCUGCCGGCAUUGAGGUACAUUUACAGAAAUGGAAUGGUGAGAAACCACGCCCUAUGUUUGAUGAAUUGGACUCCAAUGGCUGGGUGGUUCAAGGGUCUUCGAUCACAGACACGGAUGGCCGAAGUGGGCACCUAAUGAACGUUGUUAACAAUGUGGAUCCUGGGAUUUAUAGAAUUAGUUUUAAUACCGGGAAGUAUGUCUCUGCUGGUUUUUUCCCAUAUGUGUCUAUAGUAUUUGAGAUCAAAGAGAAUCAGAAGUCUCAACAUUUUCAUGUCCCUUUACUGCUUUCACCGUUUUCCUUCACAACAUAUCGUGGAAGCUAGAAAUAUCUGUAGCUGUAUCCCGUUAAACAAUGUAUUUGAGAUAAAUGCUAGGGAACUAUUUGAUUUAUGGUUUCACUGAAGAAAAUCUUUGUGCCUGUUAUUAAACAAGGGACCACUCGAU